AUGAAACUCACUCUCCAGGAAAUCAACCGACAUAACAAUCAGAAAUCGUGUUGGGUCGCGAUCCAUGGGGCUGUCUACGAUGUCACAGAAUUUUUGGACUCCCACCCAGGGGGUGCAGCCGUGAUUUUGCGAUGUGCGGGUAAAGACGCAACUGAAGAUUUCGACUCUGUUCACUCGCUGGAGUUGUUGAGCGAAGCACUCCCUGAGACUGCGCUCCAAGGCUACGUUGAUCCCGCCGAAUUGGACAAGCGAAAAGAUAAACUGAAUACCAUGAAUGAGAAGCAACCAAAGCCGGACGGUGACAGCCCUCCGCCGUUGCAAAGUCUGAUCAAUUUGCAUGAUUUUGAAAAAGUUGCUCAUCAAAGCCUGCGUGCCACAACAUGGGCCUAUUACUCGUCUGGCGCUGAUGACGAGAUUAGUAAACGGAAUAAUGCCUUGGCAUAUCAAAAGAUUUCUCUUCGUCCACGUAUCCUACGAAAGAUUCCCGCUGUGAAUACAGCCACUGCAAUCCUAGGGCGUUCUACUUCGCUCCCGGUGUAUAUAUCUCCAGUGGGCCUUACAAAGCUUGCCCAUCCAGAGGGCGAGUGUGCGCUAGCUGCAGCAGCAGGUAAGGAAGGACUGGUCCAAGUUCUCGCAAACGGAUCCAGCAUGACAAUUGAACAAGUCAUGAAGAGUCGCAUCUCAGCAAACCAGCCUAUCUUCCAACAACUAUAUGUGAACAAAGACAUUCAGAAGUCUAUUGAGACUGUACGUCGAGCUGAAAGAGCUGGUGCUGGUGCUAUUUGGGUUACGGUCGACUCCCCCGUAGUGGGGAAACGUGAGAUGGACGAACGGCUCAACUCGACGGUCAUGGAUGUCGAUCAUACCGGGGUAGGAAAGGGUGUAGCGAAGAUCAUGGCCAGCUCAAUAUCUCCAUUUAUUGAUUGGGAGAUUCUCACCUGGCUUCGCCAACUGACAGAUCUCCCUGUUGUUAUCAAGGGAAUCCAAUGUGUGGAGGAUGCCGUGCUUGCCUACCAGCAUGGAGUGCAAGGCAUUGUACUCUCAAACCACGGAGGACGCUCACAAGACACGACACAAUCACCCCUUCUGACUCUACUGGAGAUUCGAAAGUUUGCGCCUCACUUGAUUGAGAGCAAGAUGCAGAUCUUCCUUGAUGGUGGCAUUCGCCGAGGAACAGACGUACUCAAGGCUGUUGCGCUCGGAGCGACAGCUGUCGGAUUGGGUAGACCAUUUCUGUUCAGCUUGUCCGGAUAUGGAGAGAAUGGGGUACGACAGAUGAUCGAUAUCCUACGACAGGAGAUCGAAACAAACAUGGUCUUUCUAGGAGUUACCAGUCUUGAAGAGUUGACACCCGAAAUGGUGAAUACUAGUCGUUUGGAGAAACAUUUGAUAGCCAGCGUGAAACUAUAG